UGGUUUUUUUUUUAAUAAUAAAAAAAACAACGAAGGGCUCCUUUUUCCAUACUUGAUUACACCCUCAUCUCAACCGUGUCUGAAGUCACUUUAAUGGCGGAUAUGGAACCAAAGCCUAAAGACUCGCCUUCAGAAAAAAAAGUGAAAACUCCAAACAUUUUUGAGCGAGCUAAGGAGGAGAUUGAGGCAGUGUUUCAUCGCGACAAAUCGCCACACCAUCACAAAGAAACUCAUGGGACAAGUGAUGACAUUGAUGAGGGAACUUCACCUGAUGAAAUCAAAGCGCCUGGUGUGUUUGAACGGGUGAAGGAGGAGAUUGAAGCUGUUGCUGAGGCCAUUCAUCCCAAGAAAGAAUCUGAAUCUGGCACUCGUGAUGUGUCGUCACCAAAGUGAUGUCUAGGAUGUGCCUUUAUUUUGUAACAAAGAGUGUGAAGACUUGCCUCAAUGGUGUUAACCAUCAAAACUAUCAUGUUUGUUUUCUCCAUUUAUCUAACUUGUAUAAAUAGUAAAUUCCUCUUUUUUUCAAUUGUUUAUUUGAAUGCUGGUCCUUUUCUUUUCAAAAAAGAAAGAACUUAAUUAUCCCUGGAGUGGUACAUUAUCAAUGUGAAAGUUUUUAUUGUAGACUCUGAUCUGUAACUUUAUCUGGUAUGUCAGCAGGAUUUAUGAUUCACAAA